UGUGGGACUCGGUCUGUCUGCCCAGGGUAAUGCGCAAAGCAGGGCCGGCGCUGUCCGAGCGGCGGAGGCGGAAUCGCAGGGGGGAGGACCCGGAACCGCGGCGCGGGCAGCGUCUGCGUUUUAGUCGCUGAGCGGUCAGCCGGUCUGAAGCCGGCGUAGGCACUCUCGGGGGUGUGGAUUUGAGGUGGCCAGGGAGGUCGCCGGCGGAGGCCCGUAAGGCGUGGAACCGCUUCCGCACGGCGGAGGUGUGUGCGUUCCGCCUCUGGCGACCGUGUCUCCCGGGAGAUGCUGUGACGGACCUGUGCGGGAGGAGUUCGCGUUUGCCUAGCGCCCUACUGGACUCGGCGGCCGCGGCGGCCCGGUCACCCGCCCUUCUCCGGGGAAGUAUGCACGACUUAACAGCACAAGUGACUAGUGGUCUUCUGCAGUUCCCUGAGGUAACUGUUGAAGCCCUUGGAGAAGACGAAAUAUCAAUUGAGUCUGUGCUUCGUGGAAAGUUUGCUGCAGGGAAAAAUGGACUUGCUUGCUUGGCUUGUGGUCCACAACUUGAAGUAGUAAACGCUCUAACAGGAGAGCGGUUGUCUGCAUAUAGAUUCAGUGGAGUGAAUGGGCAGCCACCUGUAGUCCUAGCUGUGAAAGAAUUCUCUUGGCAGAAGAGAACUGGAUUGUUAAUUGGAUUGGAAGAAGCAGAAGGGAGCGUUCUCUGUCUUUAUGACCUUGGUAUAUCAAGAGUGGUUAAAGCAGUUGUUCUUCCUGGAAGGGUAACAGCUGUUGAACCUAUAAUUAAUCAUGGAGGAGCCAGUGCAAGCACUCAGCAUUUACACCCGAGUCUGAGAUGGCUUUUUGGUGUGGCAGCUGUGGUAACUGACGUUGGACAGAUACUUCUUAUUGACCUGUGUCUGGAUGACUUGUCAUGCAGUCAGAAUGAAGUAGAGGCAUCAGACCUUGAAGUCAUCACUGGCAUCCCAGCUGAAGUACCACACAUCAGAGAAAGUGUGAUGGAAAAAGGACGCCAUCUGUGUUUCCAGUUAAUAAGCCCAUCCGGAAUAGCCGUUUCGACCCUUAGUUACAUAAACAGGACAAAUCAGCUUGCUGUAGGUUUUUCUGAUGGCUAUCUAGCACUGUGGAAUAUGAAAAGCAUGAAGAGAGAAUAUUUCACACAAUUGGAAGGUGGAAGAGUUCCUGUAUAUGCUGUUACUUUUCAAGAACCUGAAAAUGACCCUCGUAAUUGCUGUUAUUUGUGGGCUGUUCAAUCUACACAAGAUAGUGAAGGGGAUGUUUUGAGUUUGCAUCUACUUCAGCUGGCAUUUGGUGAUAGAAAGUGUUUGGCAUCAGGACAAAUCUUAUACGAGGGGUUAGAGUACUGUGAAGAAAGAUACACACUGGACCUCACAGAUGGCAUGUUUCCUUUGAGGGAACAGACUAGCAAUACCAAACUGUUGGGAUGCCAGAGUAUAGAGAAAUUUCGAUCUCAUGGUGACAGGGAGGAAGGCAUGAAUGAAGUUCAGUCACCUGAGACCAGUGUUUCAGUCUUUACCUGGCAAGUGAAUAUAUAUGGACAAGGAAAGCCUUCUGUAUAUUUGGGGCUUUUUGACAUAAAUCGUUGGUAUCAUGCACAGAUGCCUGAUUCAUUAAGAUCAGGAGAAUAUCUGCAUAAUUGCUCUUAUUUUGCAUUGUGGUCACUGGAUCCUGUUGUAAGUACAACUUCUCCACAUUACAUCUUGGAUGUAUUGGUUCAUGAGAGAAGUUUAAGUCGAGGAAUUCCGCCUUCAUAUCCCCCUCCUGAGCAGUUUUUUAACCCAAGUACUUAUAAUUUUGAUGCCACUUGUUUGCUAAACUCAGGAGUUGUUCAUAUAACUUGUACUGGCUUUCAGAAGGAGACUUUGACUUUUUUAAAGAAAUCAGGACCAUCUCUCAAUGAAGUCAUCCCUGAUGGUUAUAAUCGCUGUCUUGUGGCUGGCCUUCUCUCACCAAGACUUAUUGAUAUUCAACCUUCUAGUUUAAGUCAGGAAGAACAGUUAGAAGCUAUAUUGUCAGCAGCAAUCCAUACAAGUUCUUUGGGACUUUUGACUGGAUGUAUCAGAAGGUGGAUCACAGAAGAACAACCAAAUUCUGCUGCUAAUUUGCGCUUUGUUCUUGAGUGGACAUGGAAUAAAGUGAUUCUCACAAAAGAGGAAUUUGAUAGACUGUGUAUGCCAUUAUUUGAUGGUUCGUGUCGUUUCAUUGAUCCACAAACUGUGCAGUCUGUCCAGCAGUGCCAUUUGCUUCUCAGCAAUCUUAAUACAGUCUUAAGCUGUUUUGUAGCUAUGGCCGAAGAGAUCACUGAAAGAGAUGUUAUGGACUUAACCAAUAAGUAUAUGGUUUCCCAGCUCAUCUGUCAAUAUGCACAAGUGGUUCUUUGGUUCUCUCAUUCUGGGCUUUUACCAGAGGGCUUAGAUGAUGCUGUGAUGUUGUCACGGUUAUGCUACAACUACCCUGUAAUUCAGAACUACUACACCAGUCGUCGACAGAAGUGUGAGCGUUUAUCAAGAGGGAAGUGGAACCCUGAUUGCUUGAUGAUUGAUGAGAUGGUUUCCCGGUUAGGAGAUAGAGUUGAGAAAUUGUGGAAACGGGAAGAAGGAAGCACAGGAAAAUAUCCUCCCACUAGUCUACAUGCACUACUUGACAUAUAUCUACUAGACAACAUUACUGAAGCAGACAAACAUGCUAUUACCAUUUAUUUGCUACUUGAUAUUAUGUAUUCCUUCCCAAACAAAACAGAUACUUGCAUUGAAUCAUUUUCAACUGCCUUUGCCAUUUCUUGGGACCAGGUUAAACUUACUCAAGGGUUUUGGCUGAUAGAUCAUAAUGACUCUGAGAGCGGUUUGGAUCUUCUGUUUCACCCAGCUACUGCAAAACCUGUGCUAUGGCAACAUUCAAAGAUUAUUCAAGCCUUCAUGAGUCAGGGUGAGCACAGACAAGCCCUCAGAUACAUUCAGACCAUGAAGCCAGCAGUGUCCAGUGAUAGUGAUAUUAUCCUUCACCUCACUGUUUUGCUUUUUAAUAGGUGCAUUAUUGAGGCCUGGUGUUUACUGCGACAGCAUUCUAAUAGGUUGAAUAUAGAGGACUUACUAAAACACACGUAUGAAGUCUGUCAGGAAAUGGGCUUAAUGGAGGAUUUACUAAAGUUACCAUUUACAGACACUGAGCAGGAGUGUUUGGUGAGAUUUUUGCAGUCCAGUACCAGUGUUCAGAAUCAUGAAUUCCUUUUAGUUCACCAUUUGCAGCGUGCCAAUUACAUCCCUGCCUUGAAGCUGAACCAAACUCUGAAGACUGUUAUGAAUAAUUGUGACCCUCGUUUACGGGAGAGAGCAGUGGCUCGAAAUUCUAUAUUAGACCAAUAUGGGAAAAUCCUUCCUAGAGUCCAGCGAAAAUUAGCCAUUGAGCGAGCUAAGCCUUACCGUCUGCCAGCAUCAUCAGUUCUUCGAGAAGUUCCGCGGCCCAAACCAUUAUCAGCAGUUCCAAAGCAAGCUACAAUAGGAACGGUGUUAACAAGAUCUACUUUCAUCAGUAAUGUGUUAUCUAAAAUUGGAGAGGUUUGGUCAAGCAGUGAACCUAAAAAUAGCAUCUUAGCCUACAAUAGUCCUAAAAUAGAACCAUCUCCUGUAGUAUAUUCUCUCCCAGAUCCGGAGCUGACUGGGGCAUUUGUUGGAACACCAAUUUCAAAAGCAGCACAAAAAGUUUCAAGACUGCUGGAUUUGGUUGUUCAUCCUGUUCCCCAGCUUUCUCAGUGUUUGGGGUUUAUUCAGCAAACCCCCACAAAUUCUCCUUCAUACUUAACCUCCAGUUCAUUGCCAAUAAGUUCACAGUUAAAAGGAUCACAUCAAAAUGUCUCCAGAGCUUCAGAAUUACAUUUACUUGAAACUCCUCUUGUGGUUAAGAAAGCUAAAACUUUGGCCAUGUCAGUUACUUCCUCUGGAUUUGCUGAGUUCACUCCUCAAUCCAUCCUAAGGUCUGGUCUUCGAUCAACACCUUUAGCAUCUCCCUCUGUGUCACCUGGAACGUCUCUUACUCCUCCUUUACGACUUAAAGAAACUAGAAUUUCAUUCAUGGAAGAAAGCAUGACCACAAAAUGGAUUGCUGGAUCUGCAGACGAUAGCAAAACAAAAGAAUUUGUUACCACACCUUUUUAUAAAUGUGGAGUUCCAGCAGAAACCGAAUGGCUGAAGAACAGAGAUAAGACAUCUUUUUACCUGAAUAGCCCUAAAAUGGACCAUCAAGAAAUGAAUGUGAGAUCACAAGAUACACCUUCACGAAGUUUGGAGAAACUGGAUAUGGGCAAAGAUAAUAGCACUGCUUCAUCCAGAUCGGACCAGACUACCUCUGAGUACCAGGAUGCUCUAUCGCCAGGAGACUUUGAAGAUACUUUCGUGGCUUCUAAGCCAGCAAGCUCUACCACAGAACUGAUUACUAAUUUAACUAAACAAACUCAGAAGGGCAAUGAUAAAGGUGUGCUUGAAUUAGAAGUAACUCCUCUAGACCUGGAGAAACAAAUGGGCACUUUAAAAGAUACAGAAACAACGGAUCUCUUAGUUGCAGAGGAGACACUUUCAGAAUUAAAUCACUUAAGCCCUAUUCGAGGAGUUGAAGCGUCUCCUUGUGUACCAUCAAUUCAUGAAGGGAAAAUCUUCACCCCGAACUCCAAGGUACCAGUUUCAGAUGAAGUAUCAGUUGAAACCUGCACGUCUACAAUUAGAGAAGCUGUGGCCGAUGUCCUUGGUGAUAGUGGAAGCUCUGGGCUCAUUAUCUCUGAAAGACCUAUUGUCUCUGAACAUAGGCUUGAGCAGGAAAUAGCACUGAACUUAAAAGAAGAUCAUGAAAUAGAAGUUGAUGUUCUAAAAGCAAGUGUUGACUUAGCGGAAGAAGAGCCUCCAAUUUCUGAUGAUCCACCUGAUACUCAAGAAAUUCAUGUGAUUGAACAUGAAAAGCUCGAAGUUCAAGAUUCAGAACAAGAGGCUAGGAAUCUUUCAUUUAAUGAGUAUCCCUCAGGAACUCUUAAGCUUCAAUAUAAUUUUGAGACCAUAGAGCAACAGUUCUGUGACUUGCCUGAUACUAAAGACACUGCUGAGUGUGACAUUGCUGAAGUAGAUGGAGAACUUUUUGUGGCUCAGAGCAACUUUACCUUGAUAUUGGAAGGUGAAGAAGGAGAAGUUGAGACAGGUGAUUCUGCAGCGUCUAAUGUGUUAGCUAAAGCAGCUUACAUAGCACCUGAGGAAAAACACGUGUACACUGGGGAAAAUGGUAAUCAUGGACAUGUCGCAAAAUUGCCAUCUAUCAUAACUAGUGAUCAAGAGUCCCAAAAGGUCGAGACGUUACCAUAUGUGCCUGAACCAAUCAAAGUAGCAAUUGCAGAAAAUUUACUAGAUGUAAUUAAAGACACAAGAAGUAAAGAAAUUACUUCAGAUACGAUGGAACAGCCCCUUCAUGAAAACAUACCUUUAAUAAGCCAGAAGGUAAUGCGUUCCACCAAGUCAGUCAAAUCUAAGGUUAAGACUGUUGAGGAAACAAGUACAGUGACUCUCAAUGUCAGCCAGGUUGAUGACACGAUUUCCUCCAGAACUCGCACAAGAGGACGUGUCCAAAACCUGGCUGUCAAAUCAGUGCAUCAGGAAGAGCCAGCACAUGUUGCUGCUCCUGAGAUGCUGCUGGGGCUGUCAGUUACAAAGAAAACUAGGAAAACGAAAGACGUUUCGGAGGCUUCUGCAGACACCUUUCCUGAUGCCAAAGGAAUACCUCCGAAUCAGCAAAUAACUCAAAAUGCUGUUACUCCUAGGAGAGAAAGGAGAAAGAAAGAGACUAAUCAAGACACAUUAGAAGGUAGGAAUUCUGUGGAACAAGAAGCACAGGUUACUCCAGGUAGGGAAUUAAGAAGGUUGAGAUCAUCUCAGCUGUCGGAACCAUCAACUAAAGAAACUUCUUUUAGAAAAGAAGAAAAGCUUUCAUCUGUUCGAAAAAGGACUCCCAAAAGAAUUAAAAAAUCUGUAGAAAAUCAAGAAUGUGUUGAAAUUGUAAAUGAUCUAAAAGUUAAUAAAGUAAUAAAUUCUAGCAGAAGUACCAGAAAAUUGAGACAUGCUGAUUUAGAAGCUUCUGAAGAUACAGGACGAGAACAAGAUGGGAAGUCCAGUGAACAGCAACUGCCUAUUCAGCGUAGGACAAGAGUUAAAAGGGGAGAUAUUACUGCAUCAGAUGUUACAGAAGUCUUGAAACUUGAUUCAUCCCAGUUGGCUCUCCAAACAGAAUCUGACAUGCCUGCUACACCUAGGAAACGUGGUAGACCAAGAAAAAUUCAUCCAUCACCAGAUGUAGGAUCUGAGGCUGUUAAAGAAGAGAGAAGUCCCAAGAAGAGCAUAGCCCUGGACCUCCAAAGGAGAUCUACAAGAAACACCCCGGCUCAACGUGGAAGUGCUGGUGUUAGAAAACCAGCUUUAGAAACAUCAGUUUUCGUGCCAAAUGAGGAACUUGUUACAGUGGUGAGCUCUAAAAAAAAGCUUACAAAAAGGACUGAAAAUCAAAGCCAAAAACGUUCAUUACGCCCGGUGUCAGAAAAAUCAGAAAAAGGCAUAGAUGAAGAAACGACAAGCAAAGAACCAGGUGACCGGAAGGAAGCACUACUCGCCAAGGCCACUUUGACUUCGUCUUCCCAUAGCACGAGGACUAGAUCUAGCAAGGCCGUCCUGUUGCCUGACCUUUCUGAAUCAAAAAAUGAGUCUGUAUUUUCUCCUCCUGUGUCAAAGGUUUCAAGGAAACAGAAAGCUAAAAAAAUAGAGGCUUCUGAACAGCUGAAAGAAUUGGUUUCAGAUUUAUCUUCUCAAUUAGUAGUCUCACCUCCUGCUUUAAGGACCAGGCGGAAAAACAUAUCUAAUACUCCCAAACUUGUAGAUGAACUGGAAGAUAAUUCUCAAUCAAUAAAAACUGUGGGAAAGCAAAAAGUGAAAAGAAUCAAGACUGAAAAACAAAACAAGCAAGCAAAAACACAGAAAAAGAAAGUUCUUGGUCACCUCCUCCAGUAGAAAUUAAGCUGAUUUCACCCUUGGCAAGCCCAAUUGAUGGAGUAAAGAGCAAGCCAAGAAAAACUGCAGAAGUAACAGCAAAAGCUAUUGGAAGGAACAGAAAGAAACUGUCUUCCUUUCCAAAACAAGUUUUG